UUAUCUUAUUAUCUCAGUCCAAAUUGCAGAAUUGAAGAUGGCUGGCCGUAUCAGCCACGGCGGCGGCCCGAGAGUAGAGGUGGCUGUAGUAAUGGUGCCUCUGCCGGCGCAGGGACAUCUCAACCAGCUCCUCCACCUCUCCCGCCUAGUCUCUUCUUACAACAUACCCGUGUAUUACACCGGAGCCGCUACUCAUAUCCGUCAGGCCAAACUCCGACUCCAUGGAUGGGAUCCUCACUCCCUUUCCAAACUCCAUUUCCAUGAAUUCCCAACACCUUCAUUUGAAUCCCCUCCCCCCAACCCCGAUAUAAGGUACCCCACACAGCUACUGCCGGCGUUCCACGCCGCCUUGCUCCUCCGCGACCCCCUCCGCGAAUUCCUGUCCGAUCUCUCUAAGGAAACAAGGAGAGUGGUUGUGAUUUAUGAUAAUAUGAUGUCUUGGAAUGUUCAAGACAUUCCGAGCAUACCAAACGCGGAGUGUUACGCAUUCCAUAGCAUUUCGGCGUUCUCGAUUUACUCCUUCAUCUGGGAAAUUAUGCAGAAGCCGCCCCUGCCGCCGGAAGCUCAAGUACUGAAAGACCUUCCAAAUCUUGAGGCUUGUAUGGCUCCAGAAUUCUGGGAAUUUAACAUGAUUCAGCUUCAAGCCUUGAAGUUCGAAUCCGGAGUAGUUUACAAUACUUGCAGGGUGAUAGAAGGAGCUUUCCUCGACUUAUUGGCUAAAGAACCGAUUAUCGGAACGGGGCAACAGUGGGCCAUCGGACCAUUCAAUCCGGUAAUCCUACCGGAGAAUAAAGAUUCGGGUGUGCGCCACCAAUGCCUGGCCUGGCUCGACAAACAAGAACGAAAUUCGGUGAUUUUCGUUUCAUUUGGGUCUACAACUGCAUUAUCUGAGGAACAGAUCAAUGAGAUCGCGAUUGGGCUGACGGAAAGCCAGCAGAAAUUCAUUUGGGUACUAAGAGAGGCGGACAAAGGAGACGUUUUCGUGGGAGAAGCAAGGAGAUCAGCCGAGCUGCCGGAGGGAUACGAAGAAGAAGGAAUCAACGGCAAGGGAAUGGUGGUGAGAGAUUGGGCGCCGCAACUGGAAAUUCUGGCCCACCCAUCAACGGGUGGGUUCAUGAGUCACUGCGGAUGGAAUUCUUGUAUGGAAAGCAUUUCAAUGGGAGUGCCCAUAGCUGCGUGGCCUAUGCACUCUGAGCAGCCCAGGAACGCCAUACUAAUCACGAAGGUGCUGAAAAUGGGUGUAGAAGUUGAUGAUUGUAGCAGCGGAGAAAUGGUUAGCUCACACAGAAUCGCAGAUGGUGUUAAGAGAUUAAUGGGUUCAAGUGAAGGAGAUGAGAUGAGAAGAAGAGCAGAAGAACUAAGCCAAAAAGUGAAGGUUUCGGUGAUGGAUGGGGGUGUUGCUCGCAUGGAAAUGGAUUCAUUCAUUUCUCACAUCACCAGAGAGUAGCCUCUAGCCAGCCAUGGAUUGAAAAUUAUUUUGUUUUUCAUUAUAUUGCAUUUACCUUAGU